AUGAGUGACAAGAUACCCUGGUGGAAUGUGGUCCACAAGUUGGAGAAGCGGAGGCUUCUCAUUGCAAUUAACUGCAUUGCGGCGUUGUCUAUUCUCUUCUUCGGUUAUGAUCAGGGAAUGAUGGCUGGUGUCAAUAACGCCAAGGACUAUAUCGACUUGAUGAAAUUCGGAUAUACGAAAGAUGUGGACGGUGAGGCGACUCCCGUCGUCACGAAUUCCUUGCUGCAGGGUGGAAUUGUCGCCGUCUAUUACCUGGGCACGCUGGUCGGUGGUCUAUUCGGCGGAUGGUUAGGAGAUCGCAUGGGAAGAAUCAAGUCCAUUGCGGUUGGAGCGGCCUGGGCUGCUGUCGGUGCAUCUCUGCAGUGCUCUGCCCAGAACCACGAUUGGAUGAUUUGCGCCCGGUUCGUCAACGGUAUCGGAACUGGUAUUCUGAAUGCCAUCGUUCCUGUCUGGGCUACCGAGACCGCGGAGCAUACAUCGCGCGGACAGUUCAUUGCUAUCGAAUUCACUUUGAACAUCUUUGGUGUCGUCUUGGCCUACUGGCUUGAGUUCGGCCUGUCGUUCAUCGAUGGUGGAAAGUCCGCUUUCCGUUGGAGAUUCCCCAUCGCCUUCCAGAUUAUCUUCCUGCUGGUUCUUUUCAGUUCUGUCUGGUUUUUCCCCGAGUCUCCUCGGUGGCUGGUCAAGGUCGGUCGCGAGGAAGAGGCUCGGUAUAUUCUGCAGCGUCUGCGUGGCAGCAGUCCCGAGGACCGUCUUCGGGCGGAAGCCGAGUUCCAGGAUAUUCUGAGCAUCGCCGAGAUGGAGAAGACCGUUGUGCACGGUGACUCGUAUCUCUCAAUGCUGUUCGGCUACAAGUCCGGGGACUUGCACAUCGGGCGUCGCGUGCAACUGGUAAUCUGGCUGCAAAUCAUGCAGGAAUGGGUUGGCAUCGCGGGUGUUACCGUUUAUGCACCCACUAUCUUCAGCAUUGCUGGGUUCGACUCAACCAAGAGCCAGUGGCUCAGUGGCUUGAAUAAUAUUUUCUACAUGUUUGCCACUCUCGUCUGUGUCUUCACUCUGGAUCGCAUCGGCCGUCGAUGGACCUUGUACUGGGGCUCGGUAGUCCAGGGUAUUGCCAUGUUCCUCGCAGGCGGCUUCUCACGCCUCGCCAUCAACGCCAAGGCGGACGGCAACAUGAUCUCCGCUUCCUCGUACGGUGCAGCUGCAGCCUCGAUGAUUUUCAUCUUCACAUCGACCUUUGGUGCCACCUGGCUGACCGUGCCAUGGCUAUACCCUGCCGAGAUCUUCCCACUGGCCGUCCGCGCCCGCGGCAAUGCUUGGGGUGUUGUUGGCUGGAGUAUCGGCAACGGAUGGCUGACUCUUUUGUGCCCUGUGAUGUUCAGUGCUAUUGGCGAGAAGACACUGUACGUGUUUGCCGCAAGCAAUGUGAUCACGAUUCCUAUGGUCUGGGCUCUGUAUCCGGAGAGUAGCCAGCGCACUUUGGAGGAUAUGGACCUGUUGUUCGCGGCUCCUACUCCUUGGACCUGGGACGCGGAGAAGAACUUUGCACGCCUAAAGGCUGAGAACCCUGGCAUGGUCCAGAAUCUCAGCCGCAAGGGUAGCUUGAUGGAUCCCGAGACUGGUAAGAUAUCUAUGGAUGCUGCCAAGAUUGAGGACAACACUGCCGUUGAGCAUGUGGAUCACCCCUGA